UUUGCAUCCACCAAGAUCCACAUUAAGCAAGUUAUCCUUAGAAUCAGAAGUUUAGUGGAGAAUUGAGAAUUGAAGCAAUAUUAGGAUCACAAAAUGUAUGUGGCUAGGCCUCUGUCUCUGUAUAAGAAAUCUGCAGAUGCUCUCUCAUUGCCUCCCCCUGAGGGCCCCAAUUCUGGUAUUUUGGUGAUCCAAGAUGAGGAUUUGGAGCCAACCUCGUGUUUAGGAAUGGGAGGGUGUCAUGAGGUGGAGGAUUUACCUUUCCCUCAAAAUUUAAACCUUGAGUUGUUCUAUAGAUCAGGCAUUUCACUGAAUAGAACCACUCAUUACCACCAUGUUGCCUUUAUUCCUGUCCUUAACCAGCCACUGUCUUCCAACAAAUACUAUGUCAUAAAUCUCAGUGGGAAAGAAAGAGGGAAGGCAUACAUUAAUUCAAAGGAGGAAGAUUUGGACACAUUCUGUUUCUACAAUGCUGUAUCUGAUGUACCACUACAUUCAAUAGAUAUCAGUGACACACACCAAGAGUUUGAGAUAUAUCCUAGGAGAAGCAAAGUUACUUUCAGGGGUGGUUUUUCAGCUAAAUCUGUUGCCCCAAAUGGUUACCCUCCAAGAUUUUUGAGUAGAAGGUGGAAAGUGAGUGCUUCAACUUCAAGUGAGUCUAGUCUAGUUGAAACAUCAGGUUUAAAUGAAGCACUCCGUGCCAGCAAGCCAGAAUUCAAAUUCUCCUUGGCGAAAAAGAGUUCAGAAAGUGUUGUUGUGGGAAAAUGGUAUUGCCCCUUCAUGUUCAUCAAGGAAGGAGCUCACAAAACAUUGAAGGAAGAAAUGAGAAAAUCAAUGUUUUAUGAGAUGACACUGGAGCAGAAGUGGGAGCAAAUCUUUUCAUGUGAGAAUGGGAAUGGAAAGGGGAACACGGUGAAUGUGGAUGCUGUGGUUCAAAAGGAAGUGGUUGUGAUUGCUGGAUGGGAAGCUGUGAUUGAUCAGAUGGAUAAUGCUGAAGGUUUUCUUUGCUUUAAUAGUUUCAACAAUGUUGGAGAAAAGAGUAGUGUGGGAUUGAGCCCUAUAGUGGUUGAGAGAAUGAAGUGGGAGCAGGAAAGAGUAGGGUGGAAUGGAGGAAAAGAGAAGCAUGCUAGAGUUAAGAAGGUGGAAGAAUUUAAAGGGACUAAUAAUGGGUGGAAGAAGUUUGCAUGUUAUGUGUUGGUUGAGACUUUUGUACUGAAAACAUUGGAUGGAAGCAUUGUGCUAACCUAUUCUUUCAAACAUCACAAUCAACUAAGAAGUAAAUGGGAAUGAAGAUUUCAGAUAAUGGUUUUAGACCAAGAAACUGUUUAGAAGGGCUUUUGAGAAGUUUUCUACAGAAAAUAAAGAGUAAUUUUCCGUAAAAGAAGCUCUUAAAAAUCCUUUUAGACUUGAAUCCAAACAUAAUCCAAGCCAAACUCAUCCAAAUCUGUUUACAAGUGUAUAUCCCCUACGAUUUUGUGAAAGAAAAGAAAAAUGACUUGUCUUGUUGUCUACUUUCAAUUGUGAGAUUUUGUUGACUAAGUUUGUUCAUUCAUUCAGUUUUUAAGUGUAAUCAUUUCAAUUUUGCAUAAAGAUUAUAAGGAUAAACUUUUGAGAUCCUUCAUGUUUUUUG